CCGGAUCGUGCGGGGCCUGAGCCUCUCCGCCGGCGCAGGCUCCCUCGCGACAGCUCGCUCCUGCCGCCAUGUCGGCUGCCAUCGAACGGGAGUUUGAGGAGUUAGACGCUCAGAAUCGCUGGCAGCAGCUGUACCUGGAAAUUCGCAGUGAGUCCCAUGACUAUCCUCAUAGAGUGGCCAAGUUCCCUGAAAACAGAAAUCGAAACAGAUACAGAGAUGUGAGCCCAUAUGAUCACAGUCGUGUUAAACUGCAGAAUGCUGAAAAUGAUUAUAUCAAUGCCAGCUUAGUUGACAUAGAGGAGGCACAGAGGAGCUACAUCUUAACCCAGGGUCCGCUUCCUAAUACAGGUUGUCAUUUCUGGCUCAUGGUUUGGCAGCAAAAGACCAAAGCAGUUGUCAUGCUAAACCGAAUUGUGGAAAAAGAAUCGGUUAAAUGUGCACAGUACUGGCCUACAAAAGAUGACCGGGAGAUGCUGUUUAAGGAAACAGGCUUCAGCGUGAAGUUCCUGUCAGAGGACGUGAAGUCCUACUACACGGUCCAUCUGUUGCAGUUAGGAAACACCAGGACUGGUGAGACCAGAACAAUAUCUCACUUUCAUUAUACUACCUGGCCAGAUUUUGGAGUCCCUGAAUCACCAGCUUCGUUUCUCAAUUUCUUAUUCAAAGUGCGGGAAUCUGGCUCCUUGAACCCUGAGCACGGGCCUGCGGUGAUCCACUGCAGUGCCGGCAUCGGGCGGUCGGGCACCUUUUCUCUGGUGGACAGCUGCCUUGUUCUGAUAGAAAAAGGAGACAAUAUUAACAUUAAACAACUGUUAUUGAAUAUGAGAAAAUACCGAAUGGGACUGAUUCAGACGCCAGAUCAGCUCAGAUUUUCCUACAUGACUAUAAUAGAAGGAGCAAAGUUUAUAAAGGGAGACUCAAGUAUACAGAAACGUUGGAAAGAACUUUCUAAGGAAGACGUAUGUCCUGUUUUUGAUCAUUCGCCAACCAAAAUAAUGACUGAAAAAUACAAUGGGAACAGGAUAGGCCUAGAAGAGGAAAAACUGACAGGAGACAGAUACUCAGGUCUGUCCUCUAAAACGCAGGAAGCUCUGGAGGAGAGCAGCGAGAGUGCUCUGCGCAAGCGCCUCCGGGAGGACAGGAAGGCCAGCACUGCCCAGAAGGUGCAGCAGAUGAAGCAGAGGCUGAGCGAGACCGAGCGCAAGAGGAAAAGGUGGUUAUAUUGGCAACCUAUUCUCACUAAGAUGGGGUUUGUGUCAGUCAUUCUGGUUGGCGCUUUUGUUGGCUGGACACUGUUUCUUCAGCAGAAUGCCCUAUAAGUAACUAAUUCUGCCCCGCAAGCUUCGGCCUUAGCAGCUGACAGUGUUGCGUGAGUCACAGAGUUGGUCUGCCACAGACUCCUCACCUAGACGGUGCGUGUGACUCGACACCUACAGAGAAGUGUGGUGUCUGGUCCCCACAGCACCCCAGGGCACUGCCCACACUACCCACCCCCUAAGUAAAGACUUGAAUGCUUCUUAAGAACUGGUACAUUUUCCACUGUGUUCAUACAUGCUAAGUGUAAUA